AUGGCAUUUGUGGUCAUCGACGCAACUGACGAGCCUCUUGCUCGGCUUGAUGAAUGCAUGUUGGAGAUAUAUAGUGGCUGUGGAGUUGUCCCAUCUGUCGUCUGUUUCAUCUGCCUUUUGUUUGGCUUCAUCUAUUGCUUCCUGGGGUAUCGCUGUUUUAAGAUGAUCAUCUUCUUUUCCGGCUUCUUGUCUGGAUCGGCAUCUGUCUUCUGGCUGUAUCACAUCAAGCCUGUAUCGGAAGCUCACACAGGGACCGAGACCAAAGCCGGAAUCAUCCUGGGUGUCGGGGUGCUCUGCGGCUUGGCAAGCCUACUGGUGACCACGCUGGGUCUCCUCCUGUGCGGCCUGCAGUUGAGCGGCUUGUUCUGCUGCGCCACCCUGGUGAUCUUUAGUCAGUUCCACAACGUCGUGCCAACAUGGAUGCCCCUCAGCGUCAUCAUGGCCUCCAGCGUUUGCGCGGCUGUGCUCGCAUUGCGGUGGCAAAGACUGUUCAUCAUCACAUAUACAUCUGCCUUUGGUGCUACCACUGUGAUGCUGUGCGUAGAUUAUUUUGUGGGUGCCUUCAUGCUGCUCGAUCAGGUUUAUGAUAUGUUUAGUCAAAAAUCACCACUUCCACUCUGCUGGUUCAACUGGGCCACCACUGGAAUCGGCCCACUUCUUGGUGCGAUCAGCAUGUUGGCACAGUGGAAGUGUACUGCUAAAGGAGUGUUUCAUACUGAGUCUAUGCUUCCAAAAAAGAAGAAACCUGCCAAAAAGCAUAAAUACAAAGAGUGCAGAAGAAGGCCUCAACAUUACCGUCAACGGAGGCCUCCGCUCCUAAAACGCUAUGCUGGGGAUGUCCUCGCGCCGAGUCAUCUCCAGAGCCUGCGGGAGCGGCAGGAGGGAAAGGGCUCCUCAACCGACAACAUCAGCACUGUCACACACAUGCUCAUUGAGUUUGAAACAGGCUCCGUGGUGCCUUUGAAUACAUACUCACCAGCCUGUAUGGUGUAA